AUGCAGCUGAAAUCUGCUGUUACAUCAUUUGGCAUAUGUACUGCUGGAUUUUCGCUCCAAACAAUCAAGGAGUUGCACAACAUUCUCGCCAUCAAAUGGGAUGUUGCUCCAACGUCGCUCAGGAAAAAUGCAGACAACAACUUCGUCUACGCUCUAAAAGUUUUUCGAAGGAUGGGCCUACUUACCUCGCAUGCGGCGAGGCUCUGGCUUCAGCUACCCCUGCCAAAUGCUCACUACAUUGCUAUCCACACUUCGAUCACCGGCCGCGGUUGGGCACAUGGGAAAUUUCUUUCAAUAAAUACGAGGAUGAGGACCAAGGCAUUCAAUUUUGACAGAAAACUCUUGAAAAACCACAGCGGCAGCCAGGCUUCGGAGCCAUUUCCUGUCAAAUCCUCACUAUAUCGCUCUCCACCCUUCGAUCGCCCAGGUUCCGCACAUGACUGGCACAGAAAUUUCUUCGAUAAGCUCUUCCAAGAGUACAAAAAAUACGAAGAUGAUGACGACAAAGACAGGUUGAAUGAAGGUAUUCGACGAAAGGCGGCUCUGGCUUCAGUCAACAAGGCAGAGGAAAUGGUCAAGACGUUCUCGGCCGACCAACGUAAUAUUUUCACUUGUCGGAAGGGCGAUGAAAAGGCAACCGUGAAUCUCCAUGUUGUUAUGAGUGCUAUGCUCACCUGCGUAGAAGAAUGUGGUGGAGAGAGUGGAAAACGCUAUGUCGCGUCGGCAAUCGUGUCCUGUGGCCGCAAUGGCGACUCCGACAACAUGAUCGAACAACUCGCCGCUCUUGGAACCACUUGGCUAACCCAUCUACUAUUUAUCUGUAAAUCUCAACGUCCUGUGUCAAAACGAGAAGAAACCACAAGAUACAGCUCGAUGAAGAACCUUCUCGUUUGGCUACCCCGACUCUGA